GAUCCUAUUAUGAUUAAUUGUUGCAAAAGUUAUAUCGUCUGUGAAGUGCCACGUGUGCUGCUUAUUUUGAAUUUGGCGCUCUACUCGAAUCGAUCGAUCGAUCAAUUAUAUCGCGUACUUCGAAGUUCUGAAGUGCGAAAGUCUGAAAGAAACUGAAAAUCGAAUGUCAAAUCGCUGUAGAGCGACAUAACCUCAAAGAUCAAAAUAAACUUUUGAUAGGAAAAAGUGGUUAGCUAAAUGUUGUAAUAAGUAGUGUCACUCGGGAGAAAAAGUUUAGACCACAACUUUCUGGAAGUUCGAUGAUGAAAACAAUCGAAGAAAAAGACAAAGGGAUUAGACGAAAGCUUAAGAUAUUGCUAUCCGAAUAUAUGGCGGAAUAUAUACGAUAAACAUACGUACAAUCGAAUAAAAUCGAUUUGUCAAUCUACAAUUUCAUCUCAAGAAAAUCGAAAAAGUUAUGAAAAUAUCUAGAAAACAUUUCUUCAUCUCCAAGGAGGAUAUUUUCUGCACUAUAACAAGUGAUAAUUCAUCUAAAGCAGAUGAAAUGAAAGUUGCAGAUGCUUACGCCAUUGAGAAUCGUAUGGGAAAAGUAGGACAGGGAUAGUAUCUGUGUUUCUGAAGUAGUCCUAUACUACAUCUUCGAUAGCAAUAAUGAAAGCGAGCAGAAAGUGAAAAUAUGACGUAUCAUGACGUCAUACUUAUUGAAGUCUAUUAGAAUAUUUUGAAGCACUGUAUUGAUUGCACUUGAAAUGUUUAGCUAUAUUCCAAGAUAGGAGUCAAAAGAUCUAAGAAAGAGAGAGAAAUGCUUCAUUUGCAGUGAAACUAGAUGUAGUCAACUUGAUACUGACUAUAGUUUGAUUGACCAGCCAACAAGUGCUUCUAAGUAUUUUUUGAUUAGUUUAUUGAUAACAUUUUUUUUAAGGAUCAUAAAAUGCUUCAGAGCAUUUGUAAUGGAAUUACUUUGACUACAGCUAAAUGAGUCGGACUCUUAUAAGGGGACAAAAAGAAGAAAAGGUUCAUGAUCAUAUUGUUUUAUGCAUUCAUUCUAUUGUAUUCUGUUCGUGAAUAUUUCUUAGCGAAUAUAUAUAAAGCUUUGUGCUAUAUGUAUAAAUUGCAACUCAGAUCAAACACAUGUUUGUGUUUUGAAGCGUUUUUCUAAAAUAUUAUGAGAAUGUCAUAUACAUAUCAAUGACAGAAAGAGGUAAUAUCAAGUCUGGCACAUCGUGAGAGAUGGCUUCUACGUCGUAUCAACAAGUGUUGGCGCUCGAUGCAAAGUAUAACACACCGCGAGCUAAUAAGCUCCCGAAUCUAGGUGUAUUGUAUAUUCGCCGAAGAAAUCAAUUGCUCCGAGGGAAAUUUUCCACAACUCCAGAACUCGGCGCACGAUACCUGAAAGCGCGAUCGGAAUUGUUGCGGCGACGUUAUGGAGAGAGGCUGGAGCAAAACAGCAUGGGAAGUCAUACAAUAAAUGAGGAAUCGUCGAAAAAAAAAGCGAAAGAUUCCCUCGAACAACGAAGAUCAACAGCAGAGAAUUUUGCAUUUGCCGGGGUUCAUCAUAUUUUUGAUCACCAUAAGCAAAUGAUAUCGAUGGUCAAGUUUGCUAACAACGAUAGAUCCAGAUUAUGUUGCGCAUCACUUGAUGGUACAUUGUCUAUAUGUGAAGUCACACCUCCCAAAGUAAUCGCUGUUCUGAAGGGUCAUACUUCUUGCGUGAGCGCGUUUGAUUGGAGUAUCAGCAACGAUCUGAUAGUUUCUUGUUCUUACGAUUAUACGAUAAGACUGUGGAAAGUGAGUGUGGAUGCAGAACCAGUCUGUCUGCGAGUGGUAAAUGAUCAGCAGCACAUGCAUCUUCUAUGCUGCAGUUUCAUACCUGCCAAUAACAAUCUGGUAGUAGCUGGCAAUUCUCGAGGAUUAGUCGAAAUCUUAAAUAUAUCUACCGGUAUAUAUACACGCGGCGGAACCAAUAAUAUCGGCGGAAAGGUUAUUUCCUUGGCAUGCGAGGGCAGCGGUGGUUCAGUGAUCUGGGCGAGCAAUGAUAUAGGUGCCAUAAUAUCCUUUCGACUGGAACCCAACAUAGGACGGUUGACAAAGUUGCAGACAGUGCAGGAUACCGGCAAAAUAAUAACAUGUCUUUCCUGGCACUCCUGGAUAUCAAAAGAUGCUCCUUGGCCUGCAUUGUUGGUGAACAGCGCAUGCGACGCCGUAUUAUUAUAUCGCGUCGCGGACAAUCACGGUUCUCUGUGCUUCUGGAGAAAAUAUCCUAUUAAGCAUAGAGAAUACCAAUUGAAGUCUACCUUCUGUCCACAAAUGGGCGGUUUAAUAGCCACAGGAUCGGAAGACGGGGCCAUUCAUCUAUUCGAUUCAGCAAAAGAGGGAAAAGCUGCUGGAAUCAAUAGGCUGCAUGGCCACGCAACGCCUCCGGUGACUUUGUCUUUCAAUUAUGACGAAUCUCUACUCGUAUCUGCGGAUUGCGACGGAUUGAUUAUUGUAUGGCGCAAUCGUCAAUGUAAUUUGUAAAAUAUUCUACGGAAUUUUUAUCAAAUUGAAAAAAAGAUAGCUCGCAUAGGAUUUUUCAGGCUUUAAAUAAAUUACAAAAGUAUCUUCUGUAUAACAAUAUAUUAAUUGUUCUCUAUCUUAUGUCAUAAUGAGCACAAAGCAGUAUCAGUAAUAAUUGUGGUAAUAGCGAGAGAGAUGUAGCGCUCGCGUUGUUACAACAGUAGCGAUCUGUUUGUAUAUCAUCUCGACAUUGCGCGCACUCGUGAAACGGUAGUGGCACAAAUAACUACAUAAUUUUCGUAUAAUACUAAACUAUGUUUGCAUGUUCGAUAUCAUUUCAUUGAUUCGUUCUAAUUACAGCAGUCUCUCCGUGUCAAGUACAAAUAAUACGAAUACAACAAGAUACAUUAUUGCAAACAAAUACUUGUAAAAAUUUUUUCUAAAACGGCAUUUAUAAUCGUAUCCAUGUUUAUAUUACGCGUUUGCGAGUAUUUUAAAUCUAUAGAAAUAUCUUUUACAACAUGCCAAAUUGAACUUAUUCGUUUGUAUUGCACACUUUCACAUAUUAUAAAGUAAAGAAUAUACCGUAUAGAUAUGUAAAAUUAUCUAUUAGCAUAAAAAGUAAAUAAGAUCUGAUACUUCCAUUAUGUUAUCGUAAGAAAGAUGAAUAUUUUUAUAACAUGAUCGUUUUCUAUUGUAUCUAAGUAAAACAAAUUGGCGGAUUCUUAUCUUAAUACCUUAUAUGCGAAUUUCCAAUUCAAACGCAUUCGAACGGCAAAGCUGCCGAAAUGUGUUUGUCUUGUUUUUUAAAUUGAAUAUAAAACAUAUCAAUAUACACACUAUAUUCUUUUCAUCACAGAUCUAAUGAAAGUAAAGGUCUAUCAAUAUAUUGUGUA